AGGAGGGGACGGCCGGGCGCGGAGUGGCGGGGAGCGGAGCUGGAUGGCAGGCGGCAAAGGGAAUAAAACGAAGGGACCCCUGCGCUCUUGAUUUAUUUCCCCCCCCCUUCUCUGUUUGCCCCCCUCUCCGCUCUUUCUCCUUCUUUCUUUUCCGGAGCGUUUUUGGACCAAGUUUUCUUCAGACCGUCGGGGCUUGGCUUUUUUAAUCUUUUUAAUUUUUUUUUUUUUUACUUUUACAGAGCGGGCUUGUUUUUUUUUUUUUUUCUUGACUGUUGUGUGUGGCCCCCCCCCCCCCCAAACAAAACCCAACCAGAAAAAAAGUUAGUGUCGAGCCAAGUGAUUCAGGCGCUCUGCAGGGAGGAGGGGGGGGAAGAGAAGGAAAAAAAAGUUGCCUUUGUUGCCGGCGAGCUCCUGCUACCUUUAUGGGCUUGCGGGCCGGCGGCUGAAGAGCGGGCCGGCGGCGCAGCGCUCCCGCCUGCCGCGGCGGGAGCGGCGGGCGGCUCCUCGCCCCGCAGCCCCCCUCGCCGGCGGCAGCGCCCGCCCGCCCGGCUCUGCCCGUCCCGCUCCCCGGCCGGGGCUGCGCGGGGGGCGCCUCCCGGCGGGCCCGCCCCCCCCCCCCCGCUCCUUCCUCCGCCGGUUGCCAUGGUGCCGCGGCCCGGCGUGCUGUGGGCAGUGGCGGCCGCGGCGCUGGCGCUGCUGGUCCGGCGGGCGGCGGCGGCGGCGGCGCUGGCGGGGCCGGUGGUCCGGUGCGAGCCCUGCGACGCGCGGGCGCUGCAGCAGUGCAAGCCCCUGCGGUCCGACUGCGCCGAGCGGGUGCGGGAGCCGGGCUGCGGCUGCUGCCUCACCUGCGCCCUGCGCCCGGGCCAGCCCUGCGGCAUCUACACGGAGCGCUGCGGCGCCGGCCUCAGCUGCCAGCCGCGGCGGGAGGAGGCGCGGCCGCUGCAGGCGCUGCUGGAGGGCCGCGGGCUCUGCACCAACGCCACGGCGGGCGGCAAGCUGCGGGCCUUCCUGCUGCCGGGACCGCACGCUGCAGGAAAUGCCAGUGAUUCAGAAGAAGACGACCGGAGUACCAGCAGCAUCGAAAAUCAGGCCAUCCCAAACUCUCACAGGGUGCCAGAUUCCAAAUUGCAUCCACCGCACAUCAAAAUAGAUAUCAUCAGGAAAGUGCAAGCCAAAAAUACGCAGCGCUAUAAAGUGGAAUAUGAUUCACAGAGUACGGAUACGCUGAAUUUCUCUUCUGAAUCCAAACAAGAGACUGAAUACGGUCCCUGUCGUAGAGAAAUGGAAGACACUUUAAACCACCUCAAGAUCCUGAACGUCUUGAGUCCCAGGGGCUUUCAUAUUCCAAAUUGUGACAAGAAGGGGUUCUACAAGAAAAAGCAAUGUCGCCCAUCCAAAGGCCGAAAGAGAGGAUACUGCUGGUGCGUGGAUAAGUACGGACAGCCGCUUCCCGGGUACGACGGGAAGGGAAAAGGAGACGUCCACUGCUACAACUUGGAAAGCAAAUGAGGACCGGGCGCCAGCUCUUCGGGCACCCGCGCGCGGCCGCGGGGCCGGGCAGAGACCUCGGCGGGGCCGGGCGGGCGCCGCGGGCUGCGUUGCGCGGGCAGCGACGAGCUCCGCGUCCCGCGGCCGGCGGGGAGUCGCGGGCGCCGCUGCGGCUGCACCCCGCCGCGCGCUUCCCGCGGGGCGCCCGGGGAGCUCCCAAUUCCCACGUAAACCUGCACUAUGGAUACCCAGAGAGAGAGAAGAACAAAAGGCACUUCGGAACGGAUUCAGGGAGUCUCCACUGACUUUUUAGAGAACGGCCUGUGACCAAUUUGAUCCCGAAAGAUACUGGUUUUUUAUUUUAAAGAAUUUAUAGAGUGUAAGCUUGUAAAAGUAUUAAAGAAAAAAAAAAAAAACACCACAAA